AUGGUUGUCGGACGACUCCCCGUGGUGGCAUUGUUGGGCAUUUUGCCCGCGGCACACAGCUGGCAUUCUCUGCCAUCUCCAAGGUUGCUGAGUUUUUUCGAGUCCAAGCCACAUACACCAGAGCCUACGCCAUGCGCGGAUGAUGAUGCUGGUGCGAUCGAGGUUGCAAAGGGCUUUGCCAUGAAGAUCAAUGGCUGUGCUGACAUGCGUGUCUAUUGCGACGAUCCGACGCAUGGCAGUAUUGCACGCCAGAUGUGCCCUUUCACGUGUGGAGUCUGCCAGGUGGCAGGCUGCUUGGUGACCGAUGGCACGGGUCGGAGUUCCGCGUACCCGUGUGCUUGCGGAUCGAGGACAUGCUUCACAAACGAACUCUGCACUUUAGCCACAAGUCAGUGCCACACGUGCGUGGAUGACGACGCCGAGGCGAUCAAAAUUGCAAGCGGCCUGGGCCUGAUCCUCAGUGGCUGUGCUGACGUGCAGUUCAAUGGCGUCAAUCUGGAGUGUGGAGUAUGGAGUAUCGAUCUGCGCGGGGCCUGCCCCGCAACGUGUGGCCUGUGCAAUGCAUCGCGUGCGCAGUCGCGGCGCUCACCUGUUCUCUUGGUCGUCCUCGUUGGUGCUCUCAUCUCACGCUUGGCCGUGGUGAAGCUCCUGUCAAGUCGUCCUGGCUUUCCUGGCGCCAGCGCCAUAUACAACGUCGCUGACGCCAUUGUAUAUGUAUAG